GCGGCCGUCGGGGUGGCCAUGGUGCUGCUGCUGCUGGUGGCCAUUCCGCUGCUAGUGCACAGCUCCCGCGGGCCAGCGCACUACGAGAUGCUGGGUCGCUGCCGCAUGGUGUGCGACCCGCAUGGGCAGCGAGGUCCAGGACCCGACGGCGCGCCCGCCUCCGUGCCCCCCUUCCCUCCGGGCGCCAAGGGGGAGAUGGGCCGGCGCGGGAAGGCAGGUCUGCGAGGGCCCCCGGGACCACCAGGUCCCAGAGGACCUCCAGGAGAGCCGGGCAGGCCGGGUCCCCCGGGCCCUCCCGGCCCAGGCCCCGGCGGGGUGGCGCCCCCUGCGGGCUAUGUGCCUCGAAUAGCCUUCUAUGCGGGCCUUCGGCGACCCCACGAGGGUUAUGAGGUGCUGCGAUUCGACGACGUAGUGACCAACGUGGGCAACGCUUAUGAGGCGGCCAGUGGCAAGUUCACCUGCCCCAUGCCGGGUGUCUACUUCUUCGCUUACCAUGUGCUCAUGCGUGGCGGUGACGGCACCAGCAUGUGGGCCGACCUGAUGAAGAAUGGACAGGUCCGGGCCAGCGCUAUUGCUCAGGACGCGGACCAGAACUAUGACUAUGCCAGCAACAGCGUCAUCCUGCACCUGGAUGUGGGAGAUGAAGUCUUCAUCAAGUUGGAUGGAGGGAAGGUGCACGGCGGUAACACCAACAAAUACAGCACUUUCUCUGGCUUCAUCAUCUACCCGGACUGAGCCAGGCCCCAUCCCCCUGCACCCCUGCUCUUCGUUCACCUCCACGCCCCUCCUCACCCCCCUUCAGCUGCCCCACCCAAGGCACCACCCCGUCCUUUGAGAGCCUGGUGGUGGGCGGACCCUCCCGCUCCCAGAGGUGGCCUUAACAGGCAAGACCCCUGGCGCUCUGGGGAAUAAGUGUCUGGGGAGCUGGGGAAGCCUGCGGAGGAGCAGAGAGGCUUGGUGAGGGACCACCAGCAUCCGUAUACAUGCCUGUGAAAGCGGGGACAGGAGAGGGGCGCAGGUUGGGACCCUCUUUUCUACCAGGAGCCAAGAAAAGUUUCACUAGCUACGGGGCAUAGGCUCAGAAAGCAGAAAACAGAAGGGAAGUCCUGGCUUUGGGGGAGGGAGAAAACAGAAACAGAAGGAGCUCAACUAAGCAGGAGGCCAGGAGACACUGGGACGGGGUAGGCGCUGGUCCUUUGUCAUGACGACUUCUCUGUCAUCCCCUCAUCUCCAUUGUUAGGCUUCGGGCUCUAGCCUUGGCAGCCUUCUGUGAACUAGAGGAACCAGUGAAUUCUCUCCUAGCAUUUACAGCUCACCCUGUGCAGUCCCCAUUUCACCCCCCCCCCAUCCAGGUUAGGCCCUGGGGUUACAGCUGCUGUUGCCUCUUCCAAUAAAGUGAAGUUGGAGACUG